GUUUCCUCUUUGUAUGCUUUCAGUGCAUAUGCUUGUUAGAAGGCACGAUCAGCGUUCAUUGAAGGAAAAAAAGUCAUCGAUAUCGGCAGUCUUGCCCCGAAAGAGUACCCGAAUAAGCCCGAUCGGAAGUAUCGGCAAGGCUUACCCUUUUCCCCGCACCAGUGGGGGUGUGGGGAAACAAUUGAGAGCGAAAUUCUUGUAUCUCAACACAAAUGUUUCGUACCAUAUCUCGACGUUCACUUGGCAGGCGACACUAUGCGACGGUUCGCGAUAUCGUCAACAUCGUUGAGGUCGGACCAAGGGACGGAUUGCAGAACGAGAAGGGUGUCAUUCCUGUCGAUGUCAAGGUCGAGCUCAUUGACCGUCUCGCCGAUGCUGGGAUGCAGACCAUAGAGGCUGGAAGCUUCGUCAGUCCGAAAUGGGUCCCUCAGAUGGCAGGUACUUCAGACGUUAUCAGCCAAAUGAAACGGAUCGCUGGCGUUCACUACCCCGUAUUGGUGCCCAACCAAAAGGGACUGGAUAACCUAACCAAUUUGCUCAAGGAGCAUCCGAUUUCACCGCCGUUGACAGACGAGAUAUCCAUUUUCACAGCCGCAACAGACGCUUUCACCCGUGCCAACCUCAAUACUACUACGAAGGAAUCACUCGAGCGUCUGGCACCAGUGGCUCGGUCAGCGCUGGAUCAUGGAUUGCGGGUUCGUGGCUACGUUAGCGUAGUUAUUGCAUGCCCGUAUUCAGGUCUCGUGGACUAUGUGCGCGUCCGUGAAGUGGCGAAGGAACUGGUGGAAAUGGGCUGCUAUGAAGUCAGUCUUGGGGACACGGUUGGUAUGGGUACACCUACCCAGGUUGCAGAGAUGCUCGAGGAAGUAAAGAAAACCAUUCCUGUAGAACAGUUGGCCGGACAUUUUCAUGAUACAUAUGGCACUGCAAUCGCCAACGUCUUCACCGCACUUUCUCAUGGCGUUCGAACUAUCGAUUCUUCCGUUGGCGGUCUCGGUGGUUGCCCGUACUCUCCCGGAGCGACAGGUAAUGUUGCUACUGAGGACGUACUAUAUGCUUUACAGACAUCUCCGUAUUCGGUCGCCGGCAAUCCAGAUUUGGAUGAAAUUGUCAACAUCGGUUGGUGGAUCAGCGAAAAACUGGGAAGGGAGUGUGUCAGUCGAGCAGGAAGAGCGAUUCGUUCAAAGAGAGAUAGAGCCGAAAAGGAGAGGCCUAAAUUGUAGUGGGAUUUAUGUAUCAAAUAGGAUUGUAUAUUAUCGUAGGAAACAUGGACUUGGAUCAAACUGUGUACAAGUGAAAACAUG